GACAUAGGUAGUUUAUUUAGCCAUAAAAUGAAGAAUUUAUUGUCGGGUUGUUUAUGUCUCUCUGAUUGAGAGAGACUGAAACCAACGGAGCCACCUCCAAAAACGGUGCGUUUUACUCUCCGCGCUCGGAUUCAUAAUCUAGCCCUAACCCUAGCCCUAAUCCUCACCCUCACCUUUCUUUCUACACCGUCGACGACGCUCCGGUCGAGUCAUACCACCUAACCAAUCGAUUCAAUCUUUCCACUCUGUUCCCUCCGCAAGACCAGAUCCAUCCACAACAAGAAGAAAAGAAACCGAAGAUCUUGAAGGUGUUUUGGAUCGGAUCGCAGUGAUAAACGAUGCCGUCUCAAGCGGAUCUAGAUCGUCAAAUCGAGCAGCUGAUGGAUUGCAAGCCUCUGACGGAAUCGGAGGUAAAGGCGCUGUGUGAACAAGCGAGGGCGAUUCUGGUGGAGGAGUGGAACGUUCAGCCGGUGAAGUGUCCGGUCACUGUUUGCGGCGAUAUUCAUGGCCAGUUUUAUGAUCUUAUUGAGUUGUUUCGGAUAGGAGGGAAUGCUCCUCAUACUAAUUACCUCUUUAUGGGUGAUUAUGUUGAUCGUGGAUACUAUUCUGUGGAGACUGUUACACUUCUCGUGGCCUUGAAAGUUCGUUACAGAGAUAGACUUACAAUUCUCAGGGGAAACCAUGAAAGCCGUCAAAUUACUCAAGUGUAUGGCUUCUAUGAUGAAUGCUUGAGAAAAUACGGAAAUGCCAAUGUCUGGAAAUUCUUCACCGACCUGUUUGAUUAUUUACCUCUGACCGCCCUCAUUGAGAGUCAGAUUUUCUGCUUGCACGGAGGUCUUUCACCUUCUUUGGAUACGCUGGAUAAUAUCAGAGCAUUGGAUCGUAUACAAGAGGUUCCACACGAGGGACCAAUGUGUGAUCUCUUGUGGUCCGAUCCCGAUGAUCGCUGUGGGUGGGGAAUAUCUCCACGUGGUGCUGGAUACACAUUUGGGCAGGAUAUAGCUGCUCAGUUCAAUCAUACCAAUGGUCUCUCCCUGAUAUCUAGAGCUCACCAGCUUGUUAUGGAAGGAUACAAUUGGGCCCAGGAAAAGAAUGUGGUCACUGUAUUUAGUGCUCCAAAUUACUGUUACCGGUGUGGGAAUAUGGCUGCUAUACUGGAAAUCGGAGAGAAUAUGGAUCAGAAUUUUCUUCAAUUUGAUCCAGCCCCCAGGCAAAUUGAGCCUGACACUACACGCAAGACUCCAGAUUAUUUUUUGUAAUUGCUUCAUAUAUCUGCCCGUUUGUAGUUAUUGCUUUCUGCAAUUACUGUAGAUGUGUUUUUAAGGAAAGAGGAAUUUAACUUUUUAAGUGAACGGUGGUUAUCAACAUAAUUCUUUCUCCUGCCGCUGCUCGUGCCUUAUCUGCUGGAAACCAAUAUAACUGAUCCAAGCCACCAAUUGGUGUUUGUAUAUUUUUUAGAGGGGGAAGCAGCAAUAACGUGGUAUAUCUUGUUUUGUAUUUGUUUUUUUUUUUUCAAAUUAAAUCUCAAGUUAGAGAGCAGAUGUUUUGAUUCGCGACAAUGAUGUUCAUUUGAGACUUUUGGUGGUGCCAAAUGAAAGUUCAGUUGUUCAUUUUAA